AUGCUCGAUGAGUUCAUGCUUCCAGAUGUGGCAUCAGCUCAGAUAAUACGCAUAUUGUUUACCUAUUACUUCAAGCUAGGAGGUGUUCUUGUUGCAACAAGUAAUAAAUUGCCAGAAGAGCUUUACUCAACCGAGUUCAACAAGUCUAGAUUCAAGUCAUUCGUCUCAAUUCUCGGCGCCAGGUGCAUAAGUGUUGACAUGAAAUCGGCUAAGGAUUAUCGACUGUACUUUGCCAGUUCGCUGGCACAAAGAAAAAAUCACGUUGUGAAAUCAAGCGACAGUGAUCAUGAGUACACUUGGAAUCAGCUUCUAAAGUCCGCCGCUCUCAAAAUUGAUGAUUCAUCACCACUUAUGGACAACAGCAUUAAAAUAGAAGACUUGGAUCUGAAGCCAGCUUCUAUCAAGGUUUAUAAUCGUGAGUCAUUCAUCCCCCAUACCUUCAAAAAACAGUCUGUGUGUUACCUAGAUUUUGAUUAUAUCUGCCGCGGGCUCUUCUCGUCGUCUGACUAUAUCACACUUGCUUCAGCUUUUAAAACAGUCAUUGUUGACAAUGUCCCUGUGAUGACCACAAAGAUGAAGAAUGAAGCCAGAAGAUUCAUCACACUUUUGGAUGCAUUGUAUGAAGCAAAGUGUCAAUUCUUUAUGCGAAGUGAAGCGGACAUCGACAGACUAUUUUUCCCGGAUGAAAAAAACUUAAACGAGGACAAUUAUGAUACUGUUCAACAAGAAGAAAUGUUUGCUAAGACAGCUAUCGCUGCAAUGAAUCCUUAUAGACCUAACAUUUCAUCAUACGAUCUGGAUUACGCUAAAGAAUUCGAGGACGUGGACACAAACAGAGGAGGGUCGGUUAAUUUUGGCAAUGUAAAGGCCUUCACUGGUGAAGAUGAGAAGUUUGCUUAUAAAAGAGCACUCCUGAGAAUAUCAGAAAUGGUUGGCUCUGACCACUGGAGAAGCGCCGAUCGCUGGGUUCCCAUUGAUCACAGCAUGCGACCAUGGGAAGACAGCAAUUGUAAGAAGACGUCAAUUGGCUUGUCAAAAAGCUCAUCCGAUACUGAGGAUAACGAGCAAAUAAAUCUUGAUGGCCUUCAUGGCAAGGAGCUCAAAUCGGCGCUAACGCACAGUCUACCAAGGGACUUGAGCGCCCACUACAACAUGCCGUUUAGAGAAUUCAACAAGAGAACAGCCCCAUCUUUUAAUGCUCUUCAGCAUUUUUGGGCUAUGGGCUCUUGGACUCUAGCGCAACAGAAGAAAAUCAAAGACAAGAUUGCGCAGACUUGGGUGAGUGGCAGCGUGAGGGAGAAAUGA